CGCGAAGCGAACGACAACAACACAUACACACACACGCUGACAGAAGCGGGCCCGAGGCCUAUUCGGCGCCCAUCGGGGCCGUCGGGGGUUCCAUGUCCACCCCUGUCGGGAGAUCCGCACCAACCACCCACGGCGACCGGUGGCCUUGCUGGCCCAGAGUCGAGCCCCCCCUUUCUGUCCAAAAGGGAAAGAGAGGGGGUUAAACGCCGCGCCGGAUUCAACCCAAUCAACGCGAACCACGUCUCGAACCCACAACCACAAUCUAUUUUGAUCGGUAGGCUGCCCUUGCGCCAACACUUCGAUUCUUUCGCAAUCAUCUUUUUCCUUCCCAGGCCGAGCCGAGCCAAUGCGGAUGCGGUGUUGGGGCCCAUCCCGGCGCCGUCAUUUGGGCUCAUUGUCGCGCCUGUGUGUGUGUGCGGGAGGGUGAGAUGCCUCACUCACUAAAAGAGAGAAAAAUGGGCGCGUUUCUACUUUCCUUUUUUUUUAUUGUUUAUUUCCUCUUUUGACAUGGGCGCCUACCCUUGCUUGGGGAUGCGUGUGUGUUUUUCCCACUCUCAGCAUCUCCGCGAGGACGGCGCGCAGAGAGUGUGAGUGGAAAUCCUGUCAUGCAAAUCAUCCUUAGCCGUAUCCUGAAGAGCUUCGCUUCCCGGGCCCUCAUUCGUCAGAUGGGCUGGCUGCAUGAGCGGACCGUUUUCCGCCUUCAAAUUGACAUGGGCGGUGGCCAGAGCUCCCCCCAAGGACUGAUGAUUCUCGCGCACGCCACUUCCCAGAGGUGUGGUGGGGCGGACGAGCGGGGACCAAGACGUCAGGAAGAGCUGGCCGCUCCUUGGCUCGUGUUGCAAACUAAUGGGGGGAAUCUUUUGCUCUCCCCGGCCAAUGGGACGGACGGAUGGAGCUCUGCUUGCUCCGCUGUGCGUGUCCACCACCUUGUUAGAAACGAGAAACGCCAGAAACAGUGCUUUUGUCUUUUUUAUCUCGCCUAA